AUGAGAGGCCCUCGAUCGUCUGCCGCUCGGUCACGGCGUGCAGGCAGAAGAUCUCGACUCAGUGGCCCCUCGACUGAUGUCCCCCAUGCAUCAGUAGAGGAAUUUUUACGUUCUCUUCCCGCCGGCGAUUUCUUCGGUGAUGAUCACAGAUGUCACCGUUCUGCACUGACCCGCCUGAUCUUCCAAAAUGUCAAUGGCCUCCCGGCCGUGUCGACAGGGCGGAAACAGUUACAGAUUAAUCAGUGGCUGAAAGAUGAACAAGUGGGAAUUGCGUUGUUGGCCGAGACCAACACGCACUGGCCUUCUCUACCUGAAGGUCAUAACUGGAAUGAUAGGAUGCGGCAAGUCGGGCCCAAGGGGUACUAUUCGGCGACGGCACAUAAUGAGAACCGCGCCCGGCCAAUUGCAUCUUGCUCUCAGUAUGGAGGAUGCGUCGCCACUGUCUUGAAUUCGGUGGCACAUCGAGCCAAGUCAUGUGGUAGGGACCCGUCCAAGUUGGGAAGGUGGGCGUACGUGCGCCUUCGAGGCAAGAAGUUUGAUAUGCCAUCCUCGGAUAACCAAGUCAACGAGGCUGCCGAUGCGUCACGUAGCCGGUUCUCUAAAGACUUGGUGGUGGUCUCCGCAUACCGGCCAAACCCCCCGGGUAAGGGCGAAUCUACGGUAUGGGCGCAACACCGCAGCUUCUUCCGCUCUCAGGGCAGACAGCGUGAUCCAAGGGAGGCGUUUAUGGUGGAUCUUUUACAUGCGAUAACUCAAUGGCGCGACGAGGGGUGUGAAGUGAUUGUGGGCGUGGAUGCUAAUGAGAAUGUCUCCUCAUACCAGGAUUCCUCCUUUCGCCAGCGACUUCGCAGCAUAGGAUUGGAGGAAGCAAUUCUACAACGUCAUCCAAGUCGAACUGCAGCAACUCAGCAUCGCAACAAACGUGGCAGACCCAUUGAUGGGAUUUUCGCAACCUCCGGAGUGGUGAUUAAAGCGGGUGGCUACUACAACUUUGAUGAAUUUUUCGCCUGUGAUCAUCGCGGUCUAUGGAUUGAUAUUGAUUUGGAACGGACUCUUGGCAGCUAUCGUCCGGAGAAGACACCAUACAAGCCUCGCAAAUUAACAAUGCUUGACACUGCGGCUGUUCGACGCUAUCUCCGGCUGGUCCACCAAGGCUAUGACGUGUACUCCAUUCCAUCGCGGUUGGAGCAGCUUCAUAGACAAUUAACAUUAAACAGUGGGAUUAUGACUGAGAAGAUGGGACGCCAGUAUAACUGUUUACACAAGCAGAUGUACGAUAUUCGUCGGAAAGCGGAAGCGAGGUGUCGAAGGGUUACAAAUGGGGCUGUUCCGUGGUCUCCUCAGAUCCAAAACUUUUGGGACCGCCAGUCCCUCUGGAAGCUACUGC